CUCUCUCUCCCUCCCUUAUAAAUGCUCAGCCAAAGUAAUCUCUCUCCAUUCAUUCAUUCACCUUCUCCCUCUCCCUUCCUUCAUCCCCUCACCACACUUCCAACUCUCUCUCUCUCUUUACUUCAUUUCACCGGCACCAUACACACCGACACUCAUGGCGAAGAAACCGAGAAUCGUGAUCAUCGGAGCCGGAAUGGCCGGCCUCACGGCGGCGAACAAGCUCUACACUCACUCCAACAACGCUUUCGACCUCUCCGUCGUUGAAGGCGGGUCAAGAAUCGGCGGGAGGAUCAACACCUCCGAGUUCUCCGCCGAGAAGAUCGAGAUGGGCGCCACGUGGAUCCACGGCAUCGGCGGCAGCCCUAUCUACAAAAUCGCCGAGGAGACGGGGUCUCUCGUCUCCGAGGAGCCGUGGGAGUGUAUGGACUCCACCGUCGAUAAAGCUAGGACCUUUGCGGAAGGCGGGUUCGAGAUUGAGCCUCCUAUCGUCGAAUCCGUCUCGGGGCUGUUCAGUGCUCUCAUGGAGUUAGCUCAGGGGAAAGAGAUCGACGACGACGGAGGAGAUUUGGGUGAAAAUUACGAAAUUGCCACUAGGUUUUAUUCUUCCGUUAAUGGGCUUAACGGUAGCAGUGUUGGGUCUUUCUUGAGAUCUGGGUUUGAAGCUUACUGGGCUUCAGUUAGUAAAGCAGAGAAUGGGGUCGAAGGGUGUGGGACAUGGAGCAGGAGGUCGCUUGAAGAAGCUAUCUUCACUAUGUUUAGCAACACCCAGAGGACUUACACGUCCGCUGAUGAUCUCUACACGCUUGACUACGCGGCGGAGAGCGAGUACCAGAUGUUUCCAGGAGAGGAAAUCACUAUAGCUAAAGGCUAUCUAAGUGUCAUCCAUCACUUGGCCUCUGUUCUUCCUCAAGGUGUUGUUGAAUUGAACCGGAGGGUGACGAAGAUCGAGUGGGAGAGUAAUGAAGAGGAUCCUGUGAAGCUGCAUUUCUCAGAUGGGUCUGUUGUGUUUGCGGAUCAUGUUAUUGUUACUGUCUCUUUAGGUGUGCUUAAGGCAGGGAUUGAGAGUGAUGAUGGAGAAGGUGGUUUGUUUAGUCCUCCUCUGCCUGAGUUCAAGUCAGACGCUAUCAAAAGGCUAGGGUAUGGUGUUGUGAACAAGCUGUUCGUGGAAGUGUCUCAGAGAAGGUUCCCGUCUCUGCAGCUUGUGUUUGAGAAAGAGGAUUCUGAGUAUAGGUUCGUGAAAAUCCCGUGGUGGAUGAGGAGAACCGCGACAAUAGCCCCAAUACACAGCAAUUCGAAGGUCUUGCUUUCUUGGUUUGCAGGCAAAGAAGCGCUCGAGCUUGAGAAACUAACGGAUGAGGAGAUCAUUGACGGUGUCUUGACCACUGUCUCUUGCUUGACAGGCAAGGAAGUGAAGAAAGACAAUGGAAAAGCUCCAAAGACUUUUACCAAUGGCUCUUUGCGUGAGGAUGAUGAUGAGGAAGUGGUGAAAAUCACAAAGGUCUUGACGAGCAAAUGGGGAGGUGAUCCUCUUUUCAGGGGUUCGUAUUCUUAUGUGGCGGUUGGGUCAAGCGGGGAUGACUUAGACGCCAUGGCGGAGCCAUUACCACAGAUUAACAAGAAGAGUGGUCAGGUCAAUGGUCAUGGUCAAGCUAAGGUUCAUGAGCUUCAAGUCAUGUUUGCUGGGGAAGCAACACAUAGAACCCAUUAUUCCACAACUCAUGGUGCUUACUAUAGUGGUUUAAGGGAAGCCAAUAGGCUUCUCAAGCAUUACAAAUGUGAUUUUUGAUUGUUAAUGUUAAGAAUAUGUUUUUUGUUUGUUUGGUCAAUGUGUUUAGAGAAGCUUAAUUAGUUCUGUAAGAUUUUUUAAUUUUUUUUUGUUUACUUUCAAUUUGCUUUUCUGUU